AUGGAGCUUGCGAAGCUGCUGCCGGAGGCCGAACCUGGCACCCACACGCAGGGCAGCGGGACGCGAGAAUGCCCAGUGCUGACCUCGGCCGCAUUCAUGGGCAUGAGGGUGGGGGCCACACCCGACGCGACCGGCCGAAUGGAGAAGUUCACAGAGCUUGUGAAGAGCCUCGUCGAGCAGCACGACGUGCAGCAGCUGAAGGACCUGGUGGAUGGCAUGCUCGCCGAGGAAUCAAGCUUUGCGCUCUUCGCUCGCCCCGUUCUGCAGCAGGUGGCCGAGCAGAUGGAGAAGUUGAAAAACACCGAGCUCAAGGAGCUGGCGUUACACACCCUCGAUCGCCUGAGGGGGCGGGUGGUUUCCUUCGAGGAAGAGGACUUCGUGAUCCGCGAGUUGCUGUCCGAGGUCUUUCAGGCGGAGUGCGACUGGGCGGAGGCUGCCAAGUGCUUGGCGGCCAUCAACUUAGAGUCAGGAACCCGCUGCCGCACCCCGAUGCAAAAGGCCGAGAAGUACGUGAAGGUUGCGGAGCUCUACCUGGAGGACGACGACCCCAUCUCCGCAGACACAUUCUGCUCGAGGGCAGCCAUGGUCAUGCACGAGGUCAAUGACACACCUCUGCAGCUUCGCUACCGUGUCUGCCAUGUCGGUCUCCCAGUGAGCCCAGUUGGCACGGGUCCUCGACAGCAAGAGGCCCCCACCCCUGCCUUGUCAGCUCGCCGCCUUGGUCAAAAUUCGGUCAUCAAGGUCAUGACAAGGCAUGAAUUCAACGGGAUAGUCCGCACAGCUACAGGCGCCGAUCUGCAGAGCUCCCUGCAGAUCCAGGCCCCCGGAAGACAGCGCAUCAGAGCCAUGCCAGCCCUCGCCAAGCACCAGGGCAUAUACCCAACAUCAGUCCAGAGCCUGAAAAGGCAUGCCCUCGGGGAUGCCAGGGAUGAUGCCCGGGAUGAUGCCAGGAAUGAUGCCGGGCAUGCCCCCGAUGAUGGGCACCUCGCCUGCAUGAAUCCCAUGAUGGCCAUGAUGGCCCAGAUGGCUUCCAUGGGAUCGACGUCCACCAACGACGACGAUGACGAGCCGGAGCCCACGAAGGAUGAGGGCCCGGUGGGAGAGACCAUACGGAAAGGUAAAGGUAAGGGGAAGCGGGCGCCGAACGCGGAGCACUGCUUGCCGACCAUCCAUCCAGAGGUGGAGGCCCUUUGCAAGAAGUUCAACAUCGAGGACAAGAUCGUAAGACGGCUUGAUGACGUCAUGCGAACUCGAGAGGCGAGCUUCGAGGAGGACUGA